AGAGUAGAAAGAUUCAUGGGCAAUGAUGUUGUCCCUUCUUCAAUCAAUCCUGACACCGGUGUCCAAUCCAAAGAUGCCGUCGUAAUUGAUCUAGAGACUGGCUUAUCUGCGAGGCUCUACAUCCCCAAAACCCCCAAUCCAUAUCACAAACUCCAUCUUCUUGUCUACUUCCAUGGCAGUGGCUUCUGCCUGGAAACCGCCUUCUCUCCCACAUACCAUAACUAUCUUAAUUCACUUGUGGCCGAAGCCAACAUCGUUGUUGUCUCUGUUGAUUACAGAAGAGCCCCUGAGCACCUUCUUUCAAUCCCAUACGACAAUUCUUGGGCCGUUGUCAAGUGGGUUGCUUCUCAGUUGACCGCUAAUGGUGGUGAGGUAUGGCUAAAGGAGUACGUUGAUUUUGAUCGGGUUUUCUUUGCAGGAGACAGCGCAGGUGGUAACAUAGCACACAACAUGGCAAUUCGGGUCAGGCUGGAUGGUGCGAAGCUUGUUGGGAUGGUUUUAAUCCAUCCAUAUUUCGGAGGGAAGGGCCCGGUUGGAUUUGAAGGUGCUGACGGUAACAUCAUUGGGAAAGCGGUUGCUGAUAAAUUUUGGCUCUUUGUGUAUCCAUCGUCUAAUGGGUCUGAUGACCCGUUAUUCAACCCAGUUGUGGAUCCGAAGUUUUCAAGCAUGGUUUAUGACAAGGUGUUGGUAUGUGUAGCUGAGAAAGAUUUUUUGAAGGAUAGGGGUUGGUAUUACAAGGAGGAGUUGGGGAGGAGCGGGUGGGGAGGGGUGAUGGAGAUUAUGGAGGUUGCAGGGAAGGACCAUGUGUUUCACUUGUUUAAACCAACUUGUGACAAUGCUGUGGCUUUGCUCAAACGAGUGGCUUGUUUCUUGAAUGAGAACAAUGCCUAG